UACAACAGAGCAUGGGCAGGCUGCCUUGAAAUAGAGAAUUAAGCAGUCUCACAAGGACGUGCAGCUGUAGUGCUUGUUGCUGUUUUGUUCCCAGAAAACUAGAACAGCCAGUGAUCCUCUAGCAUCUGAAUAGAACUAUGUCAGACAAACUGUAUCUGGAUGUGAUAGAAAACCAAGCCAGAAUACUAAGCAGCCAUUCAGUCUGUUUGCAGUGAGAGCAGACGGCUCAGUAACUAGUUAGCUUUUCUUUGCAGUUGCAAAGAUAUUCCAUAAAGGAGCAAAAACCUUAGCUUUAUAUUUCUACAAGGCACGCCUGCCUAGUCUGUUUCUUCUUCAAGCCUCCAAAUGAAUUCCAACAGUAACAGCAAAUCUCUUCAGUGGAAUUAGCACACUGAUUAGGAAACAAUAGCAUUUUUUAAAUUUUCUAUUUUGAAAUAUGGAGCUUCCAAAUCUGCAUGAUGUGAGCAGGUGAGGAUGUCUACUGACAAGCCCAAAUGAUAUUUUCAGGUGUUCUAUUGAUCUUGGCACUGACAGAAGAACUGGUGUUUGCUGUUCAGGUACUGUCUCCCAAUAUAUUAUCAUCUCAGGGUCUCCUGAUGGACACUACCACUAUGACAGCUAUGGGGACGACACCUCGACACAAAGACCUUCAUACAAGAGAGCCCAUUCCUACUCAUGCAAUUCCUCAUUCCAUCAACCCAAUGGAGAACCCUACCCCUUCCAUUGGCCAAAAUCCAGCAACCAGCAGCCAUCAUGGUGGCAAAAAGGAAACAUACCAUUUAUAUAACCAGAGUGCUUUGUAUUCAGGACAGACUCACCCUAAGGGGAAAAUAUUUCAGAUUUUCAAAGGCAACUUUACAGAAUCUUCAGAGCCUUACCUAAAAACAGCACUGCAUUCUCCCUUCCCUACUUUGAGAAGCCCAUUCACAAACCACCAAUUUCAGUCUCAGACAGCAACCUUCAGUGAUCCCAAAAGCAGUGACCCGGCAACUACUACAGACUUAGACUCUUCUCUCCACAAUGACACUUUGGAAGGCCUUAAUAAAGCAGAGCAAGGGAAUGGAACACAGCUAGUUAUGCAGAAAACAAAUUUCACUACCCGAACAGCGAGACCGUUGCCUGAUCCUGAAACAGUGUCAGUGCCUUUUAAACCCACAUACUAUGACAUAUGGGAUAUCCUGAAAAAUAACUCUUGGGUAACCUUGAAUGCAGGUACAAGUGUACCUUUAUUCACCAGUCCCGGAACUGAACCAGCAGCAGCAUCGGGUCAGUCUGUUCAGGCUGGUAUUGAUGUCAGUGUUUCAUCACCUGCAAUGGGAAACCCUAAAGGAACUUCCACAACACAGCAGGCCACAACUAAUUCGACUGCAUUCAUGGGCGUUGUCUCCACAGCCCCUACCACAAAAUUGUCCAGCUCCAUAUCAACCGCGGGCUCCACAGCAACAGGAAACUUCCUAAACAGACUGGUGCCUGCUGGAACAUGGAAGCCUGGUGUGCCAGGCAAUAUUUCUCAUGUCACUGAGGGAGAUAAACCCCAGCACAGAGCAACCAUUUGUCUUAGCAAGAUGGACAUUGCCUGGAUCAUUCUGGCUAUCAGUGUACCUAUAUCCUCAUGUUCAGUUCUACUGACAGUAUGCUGCAUGAGGAGGAAGAAAAAGACAUCUAACCCAGAAAACAACUUAAGCUAUUGGAAUAAUGCUAUCACAAUGGACUACUUCAACAGGCAUGCUGUAGAGUUACCAAGAGAGAUCCAGUCCCUUGAAACGUCAGAGGAUCAUCUCUCUGAGCCACGUUCCCCAGCCAAUGGUGAUUACAGAGACAGUGGGAUGGUCCUUGUUAACCCCUUCUGUCAGGAAACACUAUUUGUAGGACAUGAACAAGUGUCUGAAAUAUGACCCCCAACACAUGCCUGUGCUUGUAUUGCAGUUCCAUCUUAAUUGUCUCCAAAUUAUAAAUAAAUAAAUAAAUAUAUUAUAAAUAUAA